GUGGUGGUGCUCCUGGAAGUCCUGAGCUGGGGUCAGCUGGAAGAUGACUGAAUACAAGCUGGUGGUGGUGGGAGCAGGUGGUGUUGGGAAAAGUGCUUUGACGAUACAGCUCAUUCAGAACCAUUUUGUUGAUGAGUAUGACCCCACGAUAGAGGAUUCCUACAGAAAGCAAGUAGUCAUUGAUGGAGAGACCUGCUUGUUAGACAUCUUGGACACCGCAGGGCAAGAGGAGUACAGUGCCAUGAGAGACCAGUACAUGAGAACAGGGGAAGGAUUCCUGUGUGUCUUUGCCAUCAACAACACCAAGUCCUUUGAAGAUAUUCACCAGUACAGGGAGCAGAUCAAGAGGGUGAAAGACUCAGAUGAUGUUCCUAUGGUGCUGGUGGGGAAUAAAUGCGACCUACCAGCCCGGACAGUGGAGACUCGGCAAGCGCAGGACCUGGCCCGGAGUUACGGGAUCCCCUACAUAGAAACGUCUGCCAAAACCAGACAGGGCGUUGAGGAUGCCUUCUACACCUUGGUGCGGGAAAUCCGUCAGCAUAAACUGCGCAAGCUGAAUCCCCCAGAUGAGAGUGGCCCUGGCUGCAUGAACUGUAAAUGUGUGGUAUCAUGACUAUGCUGACUGGACCAUGUCUUGGAGAGGUUCCCACUGUGCAGUGCACAAGGAUGGAGGUGAAGCAAAGGAAGAAGCAAACGGAUUCAGAGGAGGAAUAUGGGGGAGGGGGAGAGGAGGAGGAGGAAGAGGACAGGGUGAGCAUGAGCCCUCCAAGGACUAUCUCACACUUCACCCAAGCCUGCGGCAAACAACAUUUUUUCUUUUUUAUCCCCAUCCCCUCAUCCUUUGACGUCCUCCCACCCCGGCAACUGUACAAAGCCACAGAUUGAAUCACAGUAAAUUAUUAUUUGAUGGUCUCGACAAA